GAACAAUGAUGAAAAUCACUGAAAACUUUAAUACUGAGAGAUUACCGUUUAUCAUAACCUAUAUUAAAUCAAAUUGUCGGUAUAAAAUUAGAUAUGAAAAUGGAUUGGCCAGCAAUGGAGAAUAAAAUGGAUUCACACGAUGAAUGUGAUUAUGAAGAAAAAUUUACCCGGUUUCCAAGAGUCCGAGCGAUCUCAACAUAUAAAGUAAAGGAAGAUUUAGAAAAUUACAGCCGAUCUGUAUGUGAAGAGUUAGCAUUUUGUGAGUAUUAUUAUAUCAAUGAUUUUGUAUGCGUAAAUAGUGUGGAACAGUUACGUGCCAUGUACUACGUUGAAUAUACAUUUAUUUUGGAUAAUUUUAGAAAAUAUACAAUAGAUGGCAGAUCCAAUAAACUUGAGGCUUCUGAACUUUUUAAAGAGAUAAACGAUUCACAUGAGAAACCACAUAAUUUAACUAAUACAAUACUAAUUAUCAUUGCUUUUCAUUUACAGUUCAAACGGAAAUUCAACGAUAAAUUAUCUGACAUGAAAGAGGAUUUGACAACGAUGUUUAAUACGGCAUUGCACAGUCACUCCGUUGAACUUACGAUUACUCCGUACUAUCAAUCUACACAUUACUGUAUGGGACCAUCAGGAAAUCUGGUUCCACAAAGCAGUGAAUGUGAUUUAUGCUCACCAGGAUCGUAUUAUCCAAGUCAUAUUAUCAAUCCGCCACCACCAUCCAUAGAUGAAGAACUCUUUCCGUACACUGAAAAGCAACCAGUAUUUAUGAAUAGAUAUUUGAGAUCUUCCUAUUAUUCUCAAUUUGAUUCUAGUGAUAAUCAUCGAACUAAAUGUUUGCCAUGUCCAAAAAAUACAUAUUCCGAAGAAUUUGGUCAGACAAGUUGUUUACCAUGUCCAUUUCAACAUAGUAUGCCAAUAGACGCUGACAGUGAUAAACAACCGAUCAAUGCAAGUGAUUGGCUACACAGAGUAUGUCCCAAAGAAGGUGUGGCUGAAAUGAUCAAACUACAAAUAAUUGAAAAAAUAUUUGGCAAAACAAUACGUGAAUAUAUAAAAAAGACUACACUCAUUAAUCAAGCAAAAUUUUUAAAUGUUAUCAUAGCUUUACCGGCUAUUAUCACAUUUUUAUUAUUAUUCAUUGCUUAUGUUCUAAUUGAUGUCGGAUCUACAUUUAAAGAAAUCGCCAAAACUUUGCAUCCUUUACAAGUACAAUUAGCUGAGAUUAGUACAGCGAAUGCACGUUCAGACGUUGAAGAGAGUCAAGCAGCUGAAAAGAUUUAUAAACGUAUGAAGAAGGUUUAA